CUUGCAGAAAGAAUGGCAUCUUUGGCUCCCUCACCAAACAUUUUAGACAUACAUCUGAAGAUAACUCACAUAGAAUGCCAUCCGGAGUGUUUGCUAGUAGCUUUUCAGGGUCAAUACAAGGAGGGGUGUGAAUUUGACUACAACAUACUACAAAAUGAAAUUGAACGUGUAUUUAAAGUACAAGAUAAUGUUGAUGUUGGUGGGUCAUGUUUGGUGGAAGACACAGAAGGAAAAUGGCAUAGAGGAAAAGUUUUGGAAAAGAAAGAGAAUACCUAUGAGGUCUUUCUUAUAGACAUUGGGCAAGUGCUGAUGGUUGAUGAAAUACAUGUUGCUUCUGCUUGUGGAGAAUUGUUUCAGCUGCCUCCAAAGAUGGUUUAUGGAGUUUUUGCAAACAUACUUCCUCUUGGGGAAAAAUGGGGUCCAAAAGCUAUAAACUAUUUUUCAUCUCUGAUAGGAUUACAGAUUGCGGGUCAUGUCAAAGCUGUUUUGCCGUACCAACUGUUUAUUCUGGAAGUAUCAAAAGUCGUUAGUGAUAUUGUUGAACUAAAGUUAGGAAAACUUAUUGAUGGAGAUUCGUUUUGUCUAAUUGUAGAAACGCUAAAAGCAUUGCCCCAAGAAAUGCUUUGUAAGCGAAUGCCACAAUUGUUGAAACAUAAGUAUGCAGUCCAGGAGUUACUUACAUUUAGUGAUUCUGAGAAACCUCUGUAUUUUCGUCCAGUUCCUGGUGAUCUCUUGCCACUUAUACCUGUUGGCAGUAAAGAAAAUGUAAAAAUAACUGUUGCAAUAAGUCCAAAUAAGUUUUACUGUCAGAUACAGAAAUGGCAGAAAGAGCUGGAAGACUUGACAGGAGCAAUGCAUUUGUACUAUGAAGCUAUGACCAGGGAAAGUAAUACAUCAUUGGAUAAUUUAGGUUUACUUUGUGCUGCCAGAAGACAAAAUGGACAGUGGCAGAGAGGGGUGAUACAACAGCUUCUCUCUGACCAUGUGGAAGUUUGGUUUAUGGAUUUUGGCAAUAUUGAAGCUGUGCCAUCUAGUUGUGUUUGGAAACUUAAGGAAGAAUUUAUGUCAUUACCAAUGACUUCAUUUCCUUGUGCACUGUCUUGUUUUAGUAAUCAAGAUGAAGCAGUAAUAAAACUUCAGAUGAAAGAACUUAUACAGGCCUUGAUAGGGCAAACUUCUGUGUGUGCCUGUGUUGAUCUGUUUAAUGCCAAUAAACACUUGUAUUAUAUUACAUUGCAAAAUCAAAAAAUUGGAGUGAAUACUAAGUAUCCAGAACAACUGAAUGAGGCAGCUGCAUUGUGUGUCUUACCUUUCAAUGCAAAAAUCACAAGUACUGAUGUAAACUGCAAAACCUGUGAUGAGAACCACAGUUCAUCUAAGAAUUAUACUGGAAAUAAAGUGACAGACUCCUUAACUGAAUAUGGCAGUUCUUUUUCAAACCACUGCAAAAGGGUAGAAAUGAAAAUGAAUUCUUCCCAUGUUGCUUUUGUGGUUUAUGUAAUAAAUCCAUCAAACUUCUGGAUUCAAAUAGAUGAAUAUCAGAAUGAAUUUCAUCAAUUGAUGAGAAGUAUUGCAGAUGUGUAUAACAAAUGUGGAACUGAUGACAGGAUCCUUAAAAACCCAGAGCCUGGAUUACUGUGCUGUGCCCGGUAUAGCAAAGAUAUGCGCUAUUAUCGAGGUGUUGUCACUGAAGUGCUUUGUGCCAAUGUUGUUGUUUACUUUUUGGAUUUUGGAAAUACAGAUACAGUACCCUGUUGUGAUGUGAAAACAUUGCUUCCAGCGUUUUCUGAUUUACCAGCUUUAGCUAUGUGUUGUACACUUGCAUGCACGUUUCCCAUUGAGGAUGUGUGGGUUAAAAAGGAAACUGAUGUCUUCAAAGAGAUUGUGUUUAACAAACCAAUUCUGCUUCAUGUAGUUGGAAAGCAAAACAACAAGUAUAUUGUUAAUGCACAAUGUAUGAAUGAUUUGGAGGAAUGUAAUGUUGCCAUGCAUAUGGUUCAGGCUGGAUGUGCUGAAUACUGGGAGGGGAGACCAGAAUCUCUAAUAAAUCCGGAAAAAAAUUCUCAAAUCCUGAAUCAUCAAAAGUUAAGAAGCGAGUAUGUAUAUACACAGAGCAGCUGUAGUAAAAAUAAAGUAUCAGGAAAUGGGCAGCUCUUUAAAAAUGAAAGAUCAUUAAGUGUACCUCCUGUGCUGAGAGAAUCUGUUGUGGUCUCCUAUUUUGGAAGAGAUGCUACUUCCCAGCAGCAUCCGUUAGUACCAGAGAAAAAUAAAUCUUAUAAAGAGUUCAUGUUUAAACCAGGAGCUAUUUUUGAAGUGGUGUGUUCCUACAUUGAUUCCCCAGCAGAUUUUUCAUGUCAGUUGCAAAGCAGACUGCCAGAGCUGAAUAACUUGAUGGAACAAAUUCAGACUUACUAUAAAGUACAUACCAGUCCUUACAGAACUGGACAGGCUGCCUGUGUUGUUAAAUGCUCCAAAGAUGGGAAGUGGUACAGAGCAUCUGUUGUACAGCAAGUAUCUGCAGAGGAAGUUGAUGUGGUUUUUGUAGACUUUGGUAAUCAGGAAAGAGUGUUACUUAAGGAUAUUCAAGCUGUUCAUCCAGACUUCCUAGCUCUGGAAAGUCAAGCAUUUAGAUGUAGUCUUAAAAAUGGACCCUUGCAGAUUGACACGCUUAAUUGGUCUGAAGAGAUAUGUAGACAUUUUGAGGACUUCAUUUCUGCUUCUCGAGGACCACUGAUUUGCAUCGUUUAUGCUCUAAUUCUUGUGAGCCCAAACUGCUUGUACAACAUAGUUGACUUACAGACGCCAUUUAUUAGUGCAGAAGAAUUUCUAAGAGAACAUGGUCACACCCAGCCUGAAUAUGUUGGAUUGAGAAAACAUGCAUCUUUGAGUUCUCUGUACAGUUUUUGCUACUCAUCUUUUAAUAUAAAAAUUGGCAGUGAGGAGGAAGUUUAUAUAACUCAUAUACAUAGUCCUUCAAAAUUCUAUUGUCAGCUUAAUCGAAACACUGAAACUAUAGAUACAUUGAUGAAGAAGGUUAGUGAAAUAAGUAAAACGCCAAAUCAUGCAAAAUAUGAUACUAGCAAUACACGAUUAUGUAUAGCCAGAUAUUUUGAAGAUGGUCUCUUUUAUAGAGCUGUGGCUUUUCCUACAGAAUCAUCAUCCUAUUUUUUAGUUGAUUUUGUUGACUUUGGAAAUAAACAUAUGGUAGAGAGAGACCAGUUGAUACCCAUUCCAGAGUGUGCCACUGACCUACUGUUAACACCCAUGCAAGCUAUUAAAUGCUGUCUUUCAAAUCUUAGGGAGACAGAAAUUCCAGUAAGAGUCAAUAGAUGGUUUGAGGAGACUUUUCUUGGUAAACUGCUGAAGGCUGUAAUUAUAUCCAGAGAACCAGAUGGGCAGAUUGUUGUGGAGUUGUAUGAUGGACAGCUCCAGGUAAGUCAGAAAAUAAGAGAAAAAAUAUUGGAAGAAUUGGUACUUGUGAAAAAUUAUACAGAACAGUUUUUUGGAAGUUGUGGAGUGGUGCACCACAUAGAAGAUGACAAAGAAAUUGAAAAACUAAACGUGGAAGAUUCUGAAAGAACUAGUUUGGGAACUGAAUUGCAACAUGAAAUAUGUGAUGCAUAUUAUCAGACAAAUACGGGGCAAAAUUUUGAAGAUGAAGAGCAGACAGCUUGUAGCGCACAUGAUUUGUGUGGCAAGUCCUUGAAACUGUUGACUUCCCAGGAUAGUGAAGAACCAGGUUUUAAGAAUAGUGUCAAUGCUCUUCUGAAGUACCAAGAGAAACCUGUAGAUGAAAAGCCUAUUUCUCACUCACAGUGUCAGCCUACUUUAAAUUUAGAGAAAGUAACUGCAAAUACUGUCUUUGAAUCUUCUACUGAAAGACUAAAUUAUACAGGUCAACAGGAAAGGAGUGAAGAAAAUAUAGCUAAAUUAACUAGUCUUCCUCAACGUGAUAUUCAGGGGAAUUCAGAACUGGCAGGGUAUAUUUCUCAUGUAAAUAGUCCAUCAAAUUUCCAUAUUCAUCUUGCAGAGGAGGAAAAUUUAAUAAUUCAACUAGCAGAAGAAUUAAAUGAAAGCACAGCAAAUGUAGGUCAUGAGCAUGACUUAGGUGAGCUCAUGAUAGGGGAUGUUGUUUUAGCAGAAUAUUCUACUGAUUGUUUUUUUUAUAGGGCAGUUAUUAAAACUGUGAAAUCAGAAAAUUCCUUUGAGGUAGAGUUCAUUGACUAUGGUAAUACAGCAGUUGUAAGUCCUUCAAAGAUCUACAGGAUUAAGACAAAGUUUUUAGCAUUACCAAGGCUCAGUAUUCCUUGUUUCCUUAGCAGAGUAAAAAGUACUGCUGAUGAGAGCUGGACUAAUAAAAGUAUUUCCUAUUUUGUAAGAGAAACUAAUAACAAGCCAGUGACUUGUAAGUUCUUGCAACAGCUUGGAGAGCAGUGGGAAGUAGAUAUAAUUUGUGAUGGAAAGUCUAUGUCUGAUGUCCUUCUGCAGAAAAAACAUAGGACAAAAUUGCAAAAUACAUCAAUGCGUAGUCCAGAAAAUACAUCAAAACAAAUUCUGGUUAUGAAUACCGAUCCUCAAUACAGGGGCUCGAGGAAUAAUUUAGGGAGUCAAAGUAAAGUUAAGGCAGUUGGGACAAAAAAUACUUCCAAAACACUAUUAAAAGUUCCUAUUCAAGAUAUAAAUCCUGGACAGGUAGAAGCAGCAGAAAUAAUUAAUGUUUCAGGGUGUGGAAAAUUUCAUGUGAAGCUACUUAGAAAUUUCAAGGUAUUAAAUGAUUUAAAUGUAAUGCUUGUCAAAGAAGCAGAAAGAAAUUGUUUGCUUGCAAUAGAUAAUAUUGAAGAAGGAUUGGAAUGCAUGACGAAGUCUAAAAUGAACUUAAAGUGGUAUCGAUCAAAAGUAAUAAAGAAGUUUAGCAGGGAGAGGUUAAUGCUAGUUUUUCUCAUGGAUUGUGGCAAGUGUGAGAUGGUGUCCUUAAAUAAUGUAAAGAUGCUCAGUGAUGAGAUGAAAAGUAUUCCUAAACAAGCUGUGCCUUGUAAAUGGGUUUGGUUUAAAAAUUCAAAUAGAAUUCCAUUUGUCCAUUUAGUAAAUGUACUCCUGGGACAUAAAAUAAGAAUCUUGUUUCUGAGAUAUUUGGAAUCCUCUCGUCUAUGGGAAGUAGAGAUUUUAAUAGGAGAAAUUCUACUUCUGGAGUAUUUGAAUCGGCUCUUAAUUGAUGGUAAGACCAUCGUUGGACCAGAGAAAGCCAGUAAUAUUGACUGUAAAGCAUUUGCUACGUCAUUCAGGAUAAAUUCAGUCACGUGGAUGCUGCUGCAGAGCGGCAGACGGUAUCCUGGAUUUGCAACUACAGUUACUGAUCCUUCGAACUUCUGCAUUCAGUUGGAAGGCUUAUUUGAGUGUAUGAAGAACUUGUCUCUGUUGCUCUCUGACCUCCCUGAUAACCUACCAGCUUUACCAAAAGAACUUGUGACUCCUGGUGCUGGUUGCUUGAUCAAGGUUGGACUGGAAGCGCAGUGGAACAGAGCAGAAAUUAGUGAAGUAUCAAGUCAGUCUGUUGUUCUUACAUUCAUUGAUUAUGGCUAUCUGAAAAAUAUUCCUUACUCAGAUAUCCAUAAACUUAAAGUUCUUCCAGAAAAUCUGGCUUAUUUACCACGCUUGGCAUACUCUUGCUCUUUAUGUGAUACUGUUCCUGCCAAAGGAGAAUACUGGAGUGAGGAGGCUAAACUUCUGUUUCAGAAGCUUCUUAGUAAACCGGGUCUGAUAUUUUGUUUUAAGCAGUAUGGUGCUGGAAUGAAAUUAGAGGUUGAUGUUCUGUACAAGCAGAAUAAUCUAGCCUGUAUUUUGGUUGCUGCUGGCCAUGCAGUCUACUCUAGGAGUAGGUGCUGCCUUGUGCCAGUUAGCAAAAUUAAAUCAACCAAACCACGUUUGCAGCCCAGUCUACUGUGA